AUGGCACUACCUCAAGGCUCAACCAACCAUGGCGGAGGCAUAGGCAGCACCGGUAUAGGUGCUGUGACCGCGGCUGGCUGGGUUCUCCUCAAGGGGAACCUUAGAGCUGACCCCCAGGGAAAGGACCCCAGAAGAAGGCUUGAGGGGAAAAGAAUCUUCAAAAAUCCAUCUCAACUAUUUGGGGUGCUACCCAAACCUGUGAUCUAUCACUUCCCCUGGGAAGUCAGUACCGGCCAACUUCCCGCUGGGAUACUGAGAACAUUCAGCAGGUUGUGCCUCUAUGACAUGACUCAAUCCCAAAUGACCCUAAACGUUCAACACGGAUCUAAGAUCCUAGUCUGUACCAAGUUGGUGGAGCUCCAAGCCCGGGUGGAGUCCCUGUACCUUGUCUUGGAGCUCCAGCACCAGAAGGAUGGAGGCUCCGUGGUGAAAGCCUGGAUGCUGACUUGUGAAGGAAUGAAUCUACCCUCCUUAGAACAAGCUUUCCUGGAGCAGAGGAGGUACCAGCAAGAAAGGAACACAGUAGGAAAUGACAAUUAA